CAGUAAUCAGUUAGCGACAUACAUUCGAGCCAUCCAUUCAACUGACUUGAAUAGAAAAAAAUUGAACGAUUUCAACCGUUGGACACUAUCAACUAUUAUCCAGACAUAACAGAUAACUUUCAGAAUUAUCGCUUGGUAUAACUAAUCUUGGUACGAUUGAUUGAUUUGGAUAGCCGAAAACACGAUGAACUUGAUCAUAGAACAGCAGUCGAGCGUAUAUUGUAGUGUUUUGUGGUGUAUUAAUAAGAAUGUAUCAAGCAAAUGGUAUGCAGGAUUCAAACAAACCAUACAGUUCUCGAGUUUUGGGAACAAAUGGCAAUUGUACGUUGAAUGUGGUGAAGUGUUUUCUCUAGGUAUCGAAAUGAAAGAAUGUAUUUAUCGAAAACAAUCAAGAAUUACUUUUGCCACUGCCAGACACAACGGCGAAAAACAAUAUUUUAAAAGUGUUAACCACACAUUCACAGCCGAAAACAAAAUAUUAUCUAGUGAUUCAUGGAAAAUUCGAAAAGAUUUCUGGAGCAUAUGCGAUACUGUUAAGAUAUGGUGUCAGUUUACAGACUUGGGAUACGAGAUCUCCCAACCAGUUCAAUUGGAAAAACAACUAAGUAUGCAAAAAGAAAACAAGUACACGGAUAUCACCAUUAUGGUUGGUGCGAAACCAAUUCAAGCUCACAGAUUCAUGUUGGCAACGCACAGCCCAGUUUUCGAAGCCAUGCUUAGUUCAGACAUGCCGGAAGGCCGUCAGAAUCAAAUAACGAUAAACGAUUUCGAGUACAAUGUCAUCGAAGAAUUGAUCAACUUUAUCUACUCAGAUGCGACGCCAAAUUUGGAACAGCUGGCCUGUUCUCUCUUCAAGGCAGCGGAUAAGUACGGUAUGGAUAGAUUAAAGGCAAGAUGUGAAAAGGUUCUCUGUGGAAAAAUAACAGUGAACAACGUGCUUAAGCUGCAAGUUCUUGCUGAGUUGUAUGAUGCAAAGUUAUUGAAGCAAAUGGUUAAACACUUCAUCGUGGAGAAUAUAGCAGAAUUACUAGAAACAACAGACUGGAUCAACAUUUUCAUUUCAUUUAUUUAGUCUACAUCUCUACAUCUACAACAAUUUGACGCCACAAUACACGGUUGGAGGCCGCAUCUCUCCAUCCUCGAAUACGCCCCACGCUCGCCAAGUCGUUUUGCACCUGGUCUGCCCAUCUCGCUCGCUGCGCUCCACGCCGUCUCGUACCUGCCGGAUAGGAAGCGAACACCAUCUUUGCAGGGUUGCUGUCCGGCAUUCUUGCAACAUGCCCUGCCCAUCGUACCCUUCCGGCUUUAGCUACCUUCUGGAUACUGGGUUCGCCGUAGAGUUGGACGAGCUCGUGGUUCAUUCUUCGCCGCCACACACCGUCUUCUUGCACACCGCCAAAGAUGGCCCUAAGCACCCGUCUCUCGAAUACUCCGAGUGCCGGUCUUAUUAGCGUCUUGUACAUGACACAUUUGGUGCGGUGGCGAAUCUUUUUCGACCGCAGUUUCUUCUGGAGCCCGUAGUAGGCCCGACUUCUACAGAUGAUGCGCCUUCGUAUUUCACGACUAACAUUGUUAUCAGCCGACUGGAUCAACAUGUUUCGGAAAAUGAUUGUGCAAUAAGUCAAACAAAUGUGAAAUUGGAGCGUUCUUAUAAAA